AUGGCUGAGAACUUGGCGACGUGGAGUGGAAGCGAGCCAUCCAAGAGAGGUGUUCCCACACCAGAACUUGUUGAGGUCUAUCGCCGUUGGGGUGAAGGCCCAAACAACUUUGGUGUCAUCGUCACUGGCAACAUUGACGUCGAGUUCGACUACAUGAGCAGCAUUGGUGACAUGAUCAUCACACCCGAGUGCAAGACGGAGGGCGAACGGUUUGAGGGGUUCAAAGCCGUUGCUGCGGCUGGCAAGGCCGAUGGUAGUCUCAUGCUGGGCCAAGUCACCCACGCUGGAAGACAGGUUCAGAAGAAGAUCCAGCCCAACCCGAUUUCGGCGUCGGCAGUCGUACUCGAACCCAAGAUGGGCAUGGAAUUCGGCAAGCCCCGUGAAGCGUCCAAGGAAGACAUCAACCGCGUCAUUGAAGGUUUUGCGCAUGCCGCCGAGUACCUGGACAAGGCAGGCUUCGACGGUAUCCAGUUGCACGCAGCGCAUGGCUAUCUCAUCGCUCAGUUCCUAUCCCGUACAACGAACCACCGAACCGACGAGUAUGGCGUCCAGACGCUCGAGAACCGUACCCGCCUUAUUGCCGACAUCGGAAAAGCAAUCCGCGCGCGGACAUCUCCUGAUUUCAUCCUCUCAGCAAAGCUCAACAGCGUCGAGUUCCAAGACGGCGGUGUCACCCCUGACGAGGCCCGGGAGCUUUGUGCAUUCCUAUCAGAGCUCGGUUUCGAUUUCCUGGAGAUUUCUGGGGGCACGUACGAGGCGCUCGGCAUGUCCUGGACAAAGGAGUCUACUCGCAAGCGGGAGGGGUUCUUCCUGGAGUUCGCCGAGACGGUCGUCGCGGGUCUAGGAGACCGCGACACCCGCAAGACCAAGGCGUAUAUCGUGGGCGGUAUGAGAACCGUGGGGGCCAUGGUGAAGGCCCUGGAUAUUGUCGAUGGCGUUGCCUUGGGUCGGCCUGGGGCCCAAGAGUUCCGGAUCGCUUCGGACAUUCUUGAGGGUCGUAUCACAGGGGCAAUUCGUCCAGUUCAAAUGAUGGAGGACGAUUUCGGGUUCGGACUCACGGCGGCGGGCGCGCAUAUCCGCCAGGUCGGCAAGGGGCAGGAGCCCUUCGACUCGAGCGAUCUUGCGGCUACUGGAACCUUUGCAUCGGACAUGCAAGCUUGGUACCAAGAUAUGAUUGCUGACGGGGACAAGCUUGAACAUCAUGGUGGCGUUGACUUUUCUGGAAAGACGGUGCCUUAUGGAGGCGUUACAGCAGCCCAGGCGUAA